AUGGGUAAAGGUUUUUGGAAAUCGGUAAAACCUUUGUUUAAUGAAAAAGCCAAAUAUGGUAAAGAAAGAAUUACUCUUGUUGACAAAUAUAUUCAAUAUAAUAAUGAUAGUGAUAUUGCAAACAUAUUUAAUGAAUAUUUUAAUAAAAUUACUGACAACCUUAACAUGCCACACAUUCCUCAAGCUCUUUCAUCCGAGUGUGAUGCUGUUCUUGCUGCAGUUGAGAAUCUUUUUUCUUUGGCAGAGAUAAUCCCUUUAUAUAAAAAGGGUAGCUCCACAGACAAGGUAAAUUAUAGACCUGUCAGUUUGUUACCAACUGUUUCCAAAGUUUUUGAGAGCAUUUUAGCCAAACAACUGUUACCAUUCUUCAACACGUUUUUGUCUAAACAUCUUUGUGGAUUUCGAAAGAGUUACAGCUGUCAGUAUGCUAUUUUAAACAUGCUUCAAAAGUGGCAAGAAUGUCACUCAAUAUCUGGAAAAGUCGGUGCAGUUUUGAUGGAUUUAUCCAAAGCGUUUGAUUGUCUCCCUUCUGGUCUUUUAAUUGCAAAACUCGAGGCAUAUGGCGUUGGAUAUAAUACAUUAAAGCUUGUACUAAGCUAUCUAUCAAACAGGAAACAUCGAGUGGAGUUAGGCUCCUCGGGUGAUACCUGCAACUUUGCCGACGACAACACCAUUUUUAGUUGUAAGAGUAGCAUUACUGCUGUUCUAGAAAGUUUGCACUCUGACAUAGUCAAAGUGGUAAACUGGUUCAACUCAAAUGGUAUGGUUGCAAAUCCAAGCAAGUUUCAGAUGAUAAUUCUGGGAGCUGAUGUUGGCAAUAUCAGCAUUCAGAUUGGCUCAUCUUCUAUUGCUCCUUCAAAACAAGUUAAGUUACUAGGUAUUACUCUGGAUGAAAAACUUUCAUUUUACCCUCACGUAAAAGGGAUGUGCAAAAGUGCUUCCUCAAAGACAAAAGCACUCCUGAGGAUACGAAAUUUUCUCAAACAAGAUCAAAUUGAUUUAUUAUUUAACUCAUUUAUUUUACCUUGUUUCAAUUAUUGCCCCCUUGCAACCCAUGAAAGAGCGUUGUGUGCAAAAACUGGUCUGAUGCAGAAAACCUAUACAGAAAUACUGGAAAUAUCUAGUAUGAUGCCUAUCCAUGAUAGAAAUCUGAAAAGCCUUGUAACUGAGCUAAGCUAG